GUUACCCAAUGCAGGAAGUAGGAAGUAGCCAAUGUACACACCUUGUCGUGUUUUUAAUAGCUCUCUAACUAGCAAUACUUUAUACGUGACUAGGGUUCUCUCGUAUGUUUUCGAAAUGAUCAGUCGUCGUAUGGACUAAGAAAGCGCUCACCAUAUGGUCCGUGGAUAACGUGUGACAAGUUGUGCCACAGGUCCGUUGACAAGGUUCUCUCCAUGAGUCACAGUCGGAACCCCCCGCCAAGGGGACAGGGGGCAGCGCGAGCCAAACAGAUGGGGCUGCUCCUGGAUCUGUCUCCGGAUGGAGGGAUGGAUGGAGGAGGAAAUGAAAAAGAGCUGGAGGCGGAGCUACUGGCUCUGAUGGGCGGGGGCGGGUCCCAGGGGAAGAAAGGGACAGGAAAAGCUCCAGUUCCCAUGGCUGAUAUCGAGCGUAUGGCGGCUCUGUGUAUGAAGGACCUUGAUGAGGAUGAUGAUGAUGGGGAUGAUGAUCUGGAGGAUGAUGAUGAUCUGCUGGCUGAGCUGAAUGAGGUUUUGGAGGAUGAUGAUGAUGAAGAGGUUCAGAAACCUGCCACCACUCCAAGCUCUAACUCCACCCCCCGCUCCACCCCCAGCACUCCUAGUGGUGCAACCGGGCUGGAGGCCUGCCUGGCUGAACGCAUUGACAUGUACCAGACAGCCAUCUCCAAUGCCAAUGCAGAGGGGGAGACCAGCAAGGCUCGCAGAUACGACCGCGGAUUGAAGACGUUGCAGUCCAUGAUGACGUCAGCCAAGAAAGGAAAACCGAUCAACGAAGAGGAAAUCCCGCCUCCUGUCUCCACAGGUGGAAAGCCUGCCCCAGCCUCCGUGCAGCAGCCUAAACCAAUCAAAGAGCGGGGGCUGCCAACCCCAGUGCUGACGCCCUCCCCGUUCACCAAUCAGAAGCCUCUGAGGGAGGCUCCGCCUGUUGCCCUGCCUCCUAAGCCCCGCCUCCUGGUCCCCCCUCAGAAACACACUGCCGUUACCCCGGAUACACCUGCUAUCUCCCCCCUCACCCCCAUUCAACCAGACGCACGGCACUCAGAGUUGAAGCAGUGUGUUCUAAACAGACAGAGGGAGUAUAAGCUGGCAGCCCUCCACGCCAAGCAGGGAGGAGAGUCAGAGCUGGCCAGACAACACUACUACAUCGCUAAGAAACUAGACCCAGUAGUAGAGGCGUUGGACAGAGGGGAACCAGUGGACCUCAGCUCUCUACCUCCCCCUCCAGGAGAUGCAGUGGUAGAGCGUUCAGCUCCUCCCCAGUCUUCCUCCAGGCCCUCCCCUGCAGCUCCCCCUGCAGCUCCCCCGGUGGCCGACUCCGCCCUCCCAGCCCCAGGCAGUGUAGGGGAAGCGUUACAACAGAGGAUGGACAGAUACAAAGCUGCAGCAGAGGGGGCCAAGAGCAAAGGAGACGACCGCAAGGCACGCAUGCACCAGCGCAUCGUCAAGCAAUACCAGGAUGCCAUCAGGUCUCAUAAGGCUGGACGCCCAGUCAACCUGGCUGAUCUCCCUGUACCACCAGGCUGUCCUCCGCUGCAGGGCUCAGAGAGCAGCCAGCAGAACUUCAUGGCCGUCCUGGAGACGGCCAUGAAACUAGCCAAUCAGGACGCAGACGCAGAGGACGAGGACAGAACAGGGGAAUUGGCCAAGCCUGCAGUGGGAGCUCCAGUCCAGAAAGGCAAAGCCCCGACCCCUCCCACACCAGGUUCUGGAGGCAACACAACACAGGGCUCCAGACUGGGGCUUAAAGCCCAGCAGCAGUUGGACUUCCUGUUGCUGCGGCGACAGGCGUUCGUCCGCGCGGCGCUGCGUUCUAAACAGAUGAAGGACAUGCAGGGAGCGGCGGUCCAUCUCCGACACGCUAAAGGACUGGACCAGAUGAUCAGCGCCACAAAGGGAGGCCUGCCUGUAGACAUCACCAAGGUCCCCAGUGCUCCAGUCAGUGAGGAGGACUACUCUCUGGCUCGGUCUCGUUCCUCUCCUCGCUCCUCAGAGCAAUACAACAGCCUCAUGGAGCUCCUCCGACAGCAGCACCAGAAAUGUCUGGGUUACUCCCAGCAGUUCACUCACAUGGGAAGUGUGGCCGAGACCUCCAGGUUUGAGAAGCUGGCAGAGGAGUGUAUGCAGAACAUUGAGGUGCUGAAGAUGGCCCACGCCAAGGGCCAACCUGUCCCCAAAUACCACACUGAGGAGAGGACCUUCAACACUGUCAAAAUGUAUCCUGACCUGACAGCCAAUGAGAUGACGCUGUACAUCGUGAAGGGCAUCAAUCUACCUGCUCCUCAGGUGUUCUCUGCCAGUGAUCUGGACACCAGUGUGCGCUUUGAGUUUCCUUUUCCUAGUAUGGAGGAGGCCCAGAGGGAUAAGACCAGUACAGUGAAGAACAGCAACAGUCCAGAGUUUAAAGAGAAGUUUAACCUGAACAUCAACCGUCAACACAGAGGCUUCAAGAGGGUCGUCCAGGCCAAAGGCAUCAAGUUUGACAUCAUCCACAAGGGGGGUCUGUUCAAGGGGGACAAAGUGUUGGGGAACGCUCAGCUGAAGCUGGACUCACUGGAGAACCAAUGUGACAUCAGACAGAUUAUAGAGGUGUUGGAUGGUCGUAAGGCUACGGGGGGUAAGCUGGAGGUGAGGGUGAAGAUUCGGGAGCCGCUGGGAGGAGCACAGCUUCAGAUCACCACAGAGAAAUGGCUGGUCCUCGACCCUGUACCAAUCACCACCCCCGACAGAGAGAGAGAACAACAGGGCCCCUCUCCUCACUCCAAACCAAAGAGUGACAAUGGGAGGAACAAGCAGUCUAACCAGUCCAGCCACUCCCCUCCCCAGUAUAAACUCCACAGUUUCAGUCUACUGCACUACGAUAAGGAGAGACUGGAGAGACAGAUUGGUGAUUACAGGAAGAGUAGGCGGGAUCCUCCGUCUGACCUGGUACAGCAACACAAGGAGGUCACACACAGGCUGCAGUGGCAGAAAGCCCAGCUAGAGCGAGGCUCCCCUACUCUACUGUCAGAGUAUGAGAAUAUUUUGCAGCGUUUUGCCCAGGGACUUGCUGAGUCAGUGAAGAGGUUUUCCAGCCAAGGCAACAGGGAUGCUGCUAAGGACGCUCUGGGACGGCUGAAGAUGGUGGAGACUGAGUUGGAAUCUCUCAAGAGGAAACGCCUGGUCUGAGAAGAGGAGGACAGAGGGACUGGGGAGUCUCUGGAGUACUGUUAUGUUACUCACACAGACACACUCAGCCAAUCACCUUCAACAUCUUC